UCAUCGUCAAAUUUUCUCGGACAUUUUCUUGGACGUUAUGUUCUUCAUCGUUUCGUUAAUAUUGCUCUUGCUUCUUAUGGGUUUUCUGAAAUGGUUUAUGGGUCUGUACAUACCGGCGAUGAGCCGUUGGGGUUUAGACUCGUUGCUGGAAACCAGCAUAAUGUCGGAGUAUUUCGAACGAGAAUUAAAAUAUAAGCGCGUGGUGAGGGAUGAGCACGGUGCACCGGUGCAUCCGGAUACGCGCAAGAGAACCGUCAGGAUAUGCAGCAGGAAAGCGGAAUUCUUCCUAAACGCGAUGUUUUUCCUGAUUUUCCCGUUCGCGGUUUGCUGCCAUCGUCUCAAGAGAUUUUCUCGAUCCGACCGAAGACGUUGUUACUCGAAAGAAUCUAAAAUUAGUUUGACAACCAACGAAAGCGAACAUACGAGAACGAUUUGCGUGAACACUUAUGGCGAUAGUCGCGAUUCACAAAUGGAAGUCGAAGACAUCAAGUACAUGAUGGACGAAUUGAAGAAGUCUGAGGAAUCGUUACGUAAUCAUAGUAGAAGUAAGAGAAACUGCUGUAUAAAAGAAUACCGACCGUAUCAUUAACACUAUUUGGGAGACUGAAAUAAGUUUGACGUAAAUUGUCAUAGGAAUUUUAAGAAUCGCGUCUUGCAAGAUCCACAUUCAAGAUAUCUCUAUAAUUAUCGCUAAUAAUGUCGUUAUAAAAUAUAUGUAUGAAAUACUAUAGUUUAAUAAAGAUAUAACGAUUAUUUUAUAUAGUCCGUAAAAACGUGUUUAACCGGGAUUAAAUUUAUUUUUAAAAAAAUAUUUAAAGCUCAAUAUUAUUUUCCUCAAUUAUA